CCCUCCCCCGGACCCGGAAGUGGCCGGGGCGGCUCCAAGAUGGCGUCUCCUCCUCCGGCGGGGGGCCCGAUGGCGAUCGCGAUGCGGCUCCGCAACCAGCUGCAGGCCGUCUACAAGAUGGACCCCCUCCGCAACGAGGAGGAGGUGAAAGUGAAGAUGAAGGAGCUGAAUGAGCACAUUGUGUGCUUCUUGUGCGCCGGCUACUUCAUUGAUGCCACCACCAUCACAGAAUGCCUCCACACCUUCUGCAAGAGCUGUAUCGUGAAGUACCUGCAGACCAGCAAGUACUGCCCCUUGUGCAGCACCAAGAUCCACGAGACGCAGCCGCUGCUCAACCUCAAGCUGGACCGGGUGAUGCAGGACAUCGUCUACAAGCUGGUGCCCGGCCUGCAGGAGAGUGAGGAAAGGCGGAUCCGGGAGUUCUGCCAGUCCCGAGGCCUGGAGCGGGUGACCCAACCCAGCAACGAAGACCCUGUCUCCGACCGCCUGGGGCUGCCCUGCACGGACUUUGAUCACUCCCGGGCUCACUACUACCGCUUCGAUGAACACGUCUCGCUCUGCCUGGAGAAACAGGGCUCCGGGAAAGAGAAGAACCGGCAUGUCCUUCAGCACAAGUAUGUUCGCUGUUCGGUCCGGGCCCAGAUCCGCCACCUGCGCCGGGUUCUGUGCUGCCGCUUGGAGCUGGCCUUGCCCCACGUGCAGGUGCUUUUUGAGAACGAGGUGCUCCCCGACCACAUGACCCUGAAGCAGCUCUGGCUCUCCCGCUGGUUCGGCAAGGUCAGCAGUAAGGGGGGGGAGGGCACGAGGGAGCCAGCCCCCCCUGAGAGCAGAGCCCUCCUGACCCCCCUCCUGUGCUUGCUUUGCAGCCUGCCCCCCUGCUGCUCCACUACAGCGUGAAGGAGAAGAGGAGGUAGAAGCCCCAAGGGCAGCCGCCCCCCCCCUCCCUGCACCAGACCUUUUAAAUUAAACUUCCUUCUGCUUCCAGUUGCAUCUAUUUUUGGAAUAAAAUAAUGGAAAAUCA